AUGGAUUACCCCUACAGAUCAACAGACUACAAUAAUCCUUACAUGGACUACAGAAGACAUAGAACAGACAGCAAACAAGAUGACCCCAAGAGGUCAGACCGAUGGAUUGAUGACUCGCAUAGGUCAGACCAGUGGCUGGAUGACCACCCCUUUGACCGCCGACUUGCUGACCCUUAUCUUGACUCUGGCAGAGGUUUUGCCAUGGGAAAGUAUAACGACAGCUUUGCCCCCACGACUCAACGCUUAGAGACCUACGGGCGGCCCGAGCUACCAUCCCACCAAAACGGGUUUUAUUUGAAUGAGAAAAAGGUGCGACCUGAGACAAGGGACGCCAACCACGGCAGUAACGUCUAUAAUGAGCCCUACAGUGCAGGUAAGACAGAGAAGAAAGAGAAAAAGAAGAAAGGGAAGUUCUCCAAGAUCUGUCUCAACUUCGCAGACAUCACAUCACUAAAUGGCUUGCCGUUCAUCUCGUCAUCAAAGAACCCUGUGGUCAAGGUUGUCUGGACCUUACUUCUGAUGGCGGCUCUAGGCGCUAUGAUAUUCCACCUCUACAGUUUAUUUUCAGAUUUUUUCGAAUACAAGAAACACUCAAAGAUAAACUUGAGCUUCAACAACCUGCCUUUCCCGGCUGUUACAAUAUGCAAUGUUAACAUGAUGAGACAGUCAAAAAUAAACCUAUCAAGUGGAGAAGUACAACAGUUAAUUAUGGAUGCUGAUCCGCAAAAAAGAAUGGCAUUAGUAAAGAAAUGUAAUGAAACUACCGGUGACGAGGACGACCCAGGCGAAUGUCUUGAAUAUGACCCGGACAAUACAGACGAGGAAGAUCCAGAGGAAACACUCUAUGACAUGCAAUACCAAGGCACCUGGGAGGCUGAAGGUACCAAAUCUAAGAUGUACGAAACAGAACAGAAGUUCAGGGAAGCGUUCAACAGACAGCCUGUAGAUAUACGCAAACAGCUUGGCCAUCAAGCUACUGAUAUGAUACUUCAAUGUUCUUAUGCUGGCAAGAAAUGUGAAGCAAGGAACUUCACACUAGCCUUCUCCGAGACUUACGGGAACUGCCACACACUGCAAUACGACAAGUUCCUUAGCCGAGCGAGCGGUCCAGCUGGAGGUCUGGAACUGACCAUAUUUUUGGAAACGCAUGAAUACAUUCCUGGCAUCUCGAAUGGAAUGGGCAUCCAGCUACUGGUGCAUGACCAGGAAACUGUUCCGUUCCCUGAUGAGGAAGGGAUCGCCAUUAGCCCGGGAACCAACACGUUCGUUGGCAUCAAGCAGGUAAGUGACACGAUGAAUGAAGUUGGCAUCAAGCAGGUAAGUGACACGAUGAAUGAAGUUGGCAUCAAGCAGGUAAGUGACAUGAUGAAUGAAGUUGGCAUCAAGCAGGUAAGUGACGAGAUGAAUGAAGUUGGCAUCAAGCAGGUAAGUGACAAGAUGAAUGAAGUUGGCAUCAAACAGGUAAGUGACAAGAUGAAUGAAGUUGGCAUCAAACAGGUAAGUGACACAAUGAAUGAAGUUGGCAUCAAGCAGGUAAGUGACACGAUCAAUGAAGUUGGCAUCAAACAGGUAAGUGACACGAUGAAUGAAGUUGGCAUCAAGCAGGUAAGUGACACAAUGAAUGAAGUUGGCAUCAAGCAGGUAAGUGACACGAUCAAUGAAGUUGGCAUCAAACAGGUAAGUGACACAAUGAAUGAAGUUGGCAUCAAGCAGGUAAGUGACACGAUCAAUGAAGUUGGCAUCAACAGGUAA